AUGCUGUCAACCAUACCUCCAAAGUAUACUCGGAGAGCAAUCAACAUUCCUCCAAAGCAUCGCUCUUACAAGCAGGUCAAACUGACCCCACCGAAUCAUCCUUUUCCCCGAACCUGGAAUCGCCGUCAUGAUAUGAUUCUUCUUGCCGAGGAGAAACGCUUUUUAAUGAUGAUGACCUUCUUCACAACCACCAUUAUCAUGUGCACCACUCUUUCAAUCCUCAUCGAUAAAAAUGCCAUCACUGGAACUCCGGAGAACCCAUCUAUCUGUAUGCUCUCCAAUGUCAGAGACUGCCGAACCAUCUAUUCGUCAAACGCUGUUUCUCGUGUCAUCGAAGUCAGUGUCCGUGUGGAUCUCUUGAUUACAAUCGUUCUGUUUGUCUCCUUGGUCAUUCUCAAGUCCUUCAAAAUUUUCAACAGUCAAUGCUUGAUCGGAUUUCUAGUCACUGGAGUUGUCAAGGCGCUAUUCAUCAGCAUCGCUUUGAUCUUGAUCUUGGUUGAUAAUGCUUACUAUUUCAAUGCAGUCCACUCCGUUUUGACCCAGACCUGUACUCCAGAUUUUUGCAUGGAGGAUGAAACCUCCAACAUCGUUGUAGCAUUUGUUCUUCUCUUCUUUUCUGCAAUCGUCACAUUCUUCAUGGCUGUCAAUGUUCUGUUUCUCGGAGGAUUCAUUGUUCGCAGAUACGACGAGAUUCACACUGAGCAAUUCCUGGCGAACAAAAUGUCUCAUGAGUUUUAUCAUUGA